GCUAUGUGAAUGACUCCACCCUUGGCAAUUUCUUAUGCUUUGCUAAGGUCAAACAGUGAGAGUAACGCCAGUGAAUGGUAACCGCACCCGUGUGCUCUUCUGCAGAGAGUGUGUGAUUGUGUCAUUGGAAGGGCAGGGCGACAGAGGCCAGUGGAAUUUGUGUUCACUUCGGAGCAGCUGCCAAUGGUUAUUUCAGCGGGGUAGCGGCCACUGGGGGAAUGCACAGCAAUUCCUGAACACUAGUCGUUCUCAGACCUUGCUUUCGGUGGUCAGAGCAGCUUAGUGACUGUUGUUCAGCCGUAGGUAACUGUAAACCACGGGCACUAACACUGUUAGAGUGGUGCUGUUGAUGUGAAUCUGGAUUUGCGGACUGCACAGGAGACACUGCUGAUGAAAUGGUCAUGGUGAAUGAAAAAGUGGCUCACCCUCAGGAUCCACACCAGCCCACAGAAAAGCUAGCUAUCCGCUGCUUCAAGUGUGGAGAUCCAUGUAAAGGACAAGUGCUACGUGUCCAGUCCAGACACUUCCACCUCAAAUGUUUCACCUGCAAAGUUUGUGGCUGUGACCUGGCCAAGGGUGGAUUUUUCAUGAAGAAUAGCGAUUACCUUUGCUCCCUGGACUAUCAGCGCAUGUAUGGCACCCGUUGCCAAGGCUGUGGAGAGUUUGUCGAGGGCGAAGUAGUUACAGCACUGGGGAAAACCUAUCACCCCAAAUGCUUUGUCUGCUCCAUUUGCAAGCGUCCUUUUCCAGCAGGGGACCGUGUGACUUUCAAUGGAAAAGAAUGUCUGUGCGAGCGCUGUGCCCAGCCAAAGUCCUCCAGUCCCAAAGAGAUUGUCAGUAGCAACAAUUGUGCCGGCUGUGGCAGAGAUAUUAAAAAUGGACAGGCUUUGCUGGCUCUCGAGCACCAGUGGCAUCUGGGAUGUUUCAAGUGCAAGUCUUGUGGGAAGGUCCUCACUGGAGAGUACAUCAGCAAAGAUGGUGCUCCUUAUUGUGAAAAGGAUUAUCAAACCCUUUUUGGUGUGAAAUGUGAAGACUGUGACAAAUUCAUCACAGGAAAGGUCUUGGAGGCAGGAGACAAACAUUAUCAUCCGAGCUGUGCACGAUGCAGCAAAUGCAAUCAGAUGUUCACAGAAGGGGAAGAAAUGUACCUGCAAGGCUCUACAGUUUGGCAUCCCGACUGUAAAAAGUCUACCAGGGCUGAAGAAAAGCAAAGGCCAACGCGAUCUUCUUCUGAAAGUAUUUCCUCCAGACCUGGCUCCAGCAUCCCCAGUUCACCUGGUCACACAAUAUAUGCAAAAGUGGACAAUGAGAUUCUUGACUACAAGGAUCUGGCUGCCAUCCCCAAAGUUAAGGCCAUUUAUGAUAUUGAACGCCCUGACCUGAUCACAUAUGAGCCAUAUUUUGGCGCUACAAUUGAGGAUAGACAUGAACGUCAUAGUAUGGGCGAGUCGCCAAGGACACUUUCCCCCACACCUUCAGCUGAGGGAUACCACGAUGCUCGUGAUCGGAUGGUGCAGAGAUCCUCCAGUCAGGGCUCCAUCAGCUCUCCUGUCUACAGCCGUCACUGUUAUACACCAACUGUUACCCGCUCUCCACAACACUUUCACAGACCUGGCAAUGAGCCAUCCAGUGGUCGGAGCUCCCCUCUCCCUAUGCGGCCAGACAGCAGGCCUCUAACACCAUCUUAUGUUCAGACCCCUAAACAUUUCCAUCUUCCAGAUCAAGGGACUAAUAUAUACAGAAAGCCUCCUAUCUACAAGCAAUAUGAUGCAGCUGCAAUGGCAGCACCACUCAAGACAGGCGUGGAGAUCAUCAAGUCAUCCAAGUUCCCAGCCGCCCAGGCUCCAGAUCCUGAUCAGACUUCUGAGGUGGAGACUGACAACUGGCCAGGUCCGGGUGCCAUAGGAACAGACAGGAGGAGAGGCAGUGAAAGAGAAGAGGAAGAUGAGGAAAAACUCCGACGUAGACAACUCCAGGAGGAGCAACUCAAUAAAAUCCAGUCAGGCCUUGGAAAGCUGAUUCUGAAGGAAGAGUUGGAAAAAGAGAAGCAAGCCCGCUUAGCAUCACACACUCUCUCUGGUGAUCCUCAAUUCAGACAUCGUUAUGAUUCAGCAGGGAGUGCGUCACUGCAUGCUUCUGCCUCCAAAACUUCCUCUCUCCCUGGUUACGGACGAAGUGGACUGCAUAGGCCACUCUCGACAGAUUUCACACAGUAUGACAGCUACAGCGAUGUAAGCGAAGGUGUCAGAGGUAGGGAUCCUCCACAGGAGGGAACUGUGCAAGGAGCAAGGAUGGACAGAGGAGUUUCAAUGCCUAACAUGCUGGAGCCAAAGAUUUAUCCUUAUCACAUCCUUGCAGUGACCAACCGAGGACGCAGCAAACUACCAAGAGAUGUAGACAGGACAAGACUGGAGCGUCAUCUGGCCCCUGAAGUUUUUCACCAGCUCUUUAAUAUGACUAUCCAGGAAUUUGACAGGUUACCACUCUGGAAGCGCAAUGAGCUGAAGAAAAAAGCUCACAUCUUCUAAAUCACACAAUGCAUGUUGAAAAUGGGGUAACCUCGAGUCUAAAUAUCAGCAUAAUAUUUUGUGGGGAAGGAGUUCCAGAAGUUAACAGAAAAAAAAGUCUUCUCGUGCUGCAGCAGAUAACCAGGGUCCCCACACAAAUAAUUGCUAAGAUUUCAAUCUGAGAAUUCCAUCAAUAUUUCCUUAAUAACAUGAGACAGAGUAGUAAUAUCUCUUGUUAAACAAUAAAUUGCUCUGAUCUUUAUAGAAUUAUAAUAGAUUGGAAAUUGUAUUGAGUUGGAUGACAUUUUAUUUUCUAAAUAAUUGGAAUACUGUUCUUUGGAAACAAAUUUUAAUAUUUAGCCAUACUGCUCGAAGCAAAGUGCAGCAACUUGUGUUCUCUGCCUUGCACGGUGAAAGCAUAGGUUUGUAGGUAGUGGGACAGUGGGGAAUUAAUUUGGAACCGGUUUGUACACAAGUUAUGCUUUGGGCUUUUCUGCUUGAAAUCUUUUACACUGUGUGCUGUAGUUGAAAGGGUGUAUGUACAUCUGCUAUACCUAAUAGUCACGCCAGAAAGAAAUAUAUAAGAAAAAAUGGAGAGGAGAGAAACGCUCUUUAAAGUUUGUUGUUCAGCUGACUUAGGGGCAAAACAUUUAGCUUCAUAGCCAACAUUAAUGUGUUAUUUUAUUAAUUCGUAUUGAAAACAAAACAAAGAAUGUUGGAGUUACUGCCUGAGUAUUUUGUAUCAGUAUCACAUUGUUACUUGUGUUUGUACCUGCCUUAAUGUGACAAAUUGUCAUUUGCACUGAAACCUUUUAUUCCAGGCCGAUCGUUUUAUGCAUUGUGCAUUUGAGACAUCUUAAAAAGUCGUGCAAUGCCUCUUGCAUAUCAAGUCCUCAUGUUCUGAAUUAAUAGGUCAGUUUUUUCAUAUCAUUCCCAGAUGAUUUGUAAUUAAUAGCCUGGAAAUUGCACUGUGAUAAGAUUAACUUGGAAUAGGUUUGCAUGUAAUUACUCUGCAUACUAUUUUAAUUGAGGCAAUUAUUUGUUUCAAGUAAGCAGAUUGUCUCUGUUAUAAUAGUGCACAAAGUAAUUGGAUUCAAUAACAUUACACUGUAUAAUUUCUAGACUAGUAUCCUCCUUCUGUUUUUACAAAUGGGAUUUAGUCUUAAAGUUCUGCAGUGCACCUGCCAAAGAUUUGGUUUGGAGUGCUUCUGAAUGAGUGAAAAAUUUGAUCCAGUGUUGUUACAAAAACUGAUUAUUUGCUUAUGUCUGUAUAAUGAUGAGGAAUCGAUUCAAAUGAGGCAUGCCACAUAGACUAAAUUUUAGAAAUAUUAUUUUAACAAAUAAAGAAUACAAUUAUAUAGGGCUAAGUGGUACAACAGAAAAGUACCUUCUAUUUGUAUGUAAGUUCUUUUGUAUAAAUUCAUUUUGGCAGCCUUUUCAUGCAAGAUUAUUUAUUAAUUAAUUUCACUGACUGCUUAUAUUAUGUCAGAGCAAGAAGCCUCUUAUAAUUUGUCAACUCAGCAUCUUAAAGGCAAUGCUGAGCUUGCAGUUUUUCAGACACAUGGACACUUAUCCAGGAAUUUGACAGAACACUUUUUGUGGAGCCUUUCCAUUCAAGUCAACCCAACAAUUCUCAUUAUAUUUGUGGAGGGAAAAAAAUACAAACACAAGGCAAUUAAGAUAAAUAAACACAAUUAACAUACUGAUGCUCCAACCCCAAAUAUUAAAUUGCAUUUUUUAAAUUCAUCAUUGGUUGAACAUUUAAAGUGAAUUUUCUCUAUUUUCCAUUUUUUUGCAUUUAAUUUAAACAAAUCCUUAAGUCUUGUUGCAUUGGUUUCAGUGUUUCUGACUGAGUAGGUGUAAAUUUGUUCUGGCCAGUAGCAAAUCAGCUGCUUUCAUGCUGUAUCCAAAAUUCUGGUCUAUGAAGUCAAUAGAAAAGAGAUUGGGGCUGAGUUGAAAAUGGGCUGCACCCCAUUUGCAUUACUGCUCAAGAUUAAAUUGUACCUUGGAGUUUCUAAUGCAAUGUUUAGAGUGGGUGUGGUGAUACUCUGAAGAUAUGAACAGAGUGAUCAGCAGCCAAUGUCAACGUGAAGCAAAGACUCACUCCAGUGUACAGUUAAGUCUCCCACUGGAUUAGGAUAUAUUUAUCUGAGAUUUACAUUGAAACCAAUUGUAUAAAAGUCAGACAAAUUUUAUGUAGCUGUUUCAAUUGCCAUGCAAAACAAGUAUAUACUUCAAUGACUUUUAACGUUACGAUUUAACGAUAAUUCCCAUAGCUCCCUCUAUGUCCCACAUCCAUGAAAUUGUUUUAGGACUUUGGAACAAGCCCUCCUCACAAACAGAGCUCUUUGUAAUGAUUUGCUCAAAUUUCUGCUGAUUAAACAGCCAAAUAGAAAUUGGCUUAUCAUGGCAGUAGAUAAAAGAAAAUAAGUCAAUAUCCAAAGACUAAAAUUAAAAUUGUAAAUAUUGGAAAUACACAGCAAGUCAGUCCAUGCCUGAAGGAGACGGUUUCAAACCCAAUCUCAGUUCUGGUGAUGAGCCCCAUCUAAACAAUCUCUUUCAGUUGCUAACUAAUCUGGUAACUUUCCAGUGCAAUUAGACUUGCAAGGGCUGAUCUCGCACCCCCCACAUUCCCUAUCUUCCCCCAAAGUGUGCUCUGCCUGACAUGAUUUGAAUCUGCCAGGUUCAACACAAUCAGUUACCUCUCAUACACAUUAAAACACAUUGUCAAACUUCAACCACAAUGUUAAGGAACGUGGUAACAGUUGUCUACCCGCUGUUGAUAAAUAUGUGGCACUAUUUCAUCCCUCCUGCUUCAAUUGCAUCGAAUCCUUGUGUAUAAGCACUGCACCUCCCUUCCAUCCUCUUGAGUAACACUCAAUGAAUCUUGGUGGAUAAUUGGUUCUUGAGAUCUGUUUCUAUUUCAAUUUUUCUCCUGGGAACUUAAUUGUUCCUUUAGGACAGAGCAAAGGCAAAAAUGGCUUCAUAAUCUCUAAUUGGGUAAUCAGCUCUUUUAUCCUGCAAACUACAUGAAUAUAUGUAUGAAACCUCAUAUGAUCCCGCUAAUGAGUUUGUUUGUGAUAAGACAAGGGAUUUAAUUUUUAAAACAGUGUUCACCCACCAAUAUUAUCAUAUUCCGCAGGUGUGCCUAUUCAGUGCUUUCUCUAAUUUGAGUAAAUCUGGUAUAUUAGAUAAGACUUUUUGCAAAGUUCUCAUCUGGAUUGCUUCUGCAACAAUCCAGUUCAGUUCCGCUCUGUACACUUUGUGCUUUAUACCCGCACAGCUAGCAUUCUGAUUUCAUAAAAUACACCAUUUUUCAAAUGAUAUUCCAAAAAAGCUUAUUCCAUAGGAAUGAAAUAUUAUGGUAUCAUUGUAACAUCUAAGGGUGAGAAAUGUGGCCAGCUAUACAUUAAAUUUAACCUUGCUUUCAGUCCAUCAAUGAUUGCCGUUAAUAAAGCAAUGUUAUUAGUG